UCCCAUUUCCCCUCUCAGCUAAUUCCCAACUACACACCGCCAUGGUCGCCGUUACGCUCCUCCUUCCGAUCCUCCUCCCUCCGGUCCUAUACCUACUCUACAGCCUCUACUUCCGCCUCCGCUAUCGCCUCCCGCCCGGUCCCCGCCCCUUGCCGAUCUUCGGCAACCUAUUCGACAUCAAGCCGGUGCGAUUCCGGUGCUACGCAGAGUGGGCGGAGCGGUACGGUCCGAUUAUCUCGGUGUGGUUCGGUUCGACGCUAAACGUCGUCGUUAAUAACGCGGAAUUGGCGAAGGAGGUGCUUAAGGAGAAGGAUCAGCAGCUGGCGGACCGGCACCGGUCCAGAUCGGCGGCGAGGUUCAGUAAGGACGGUCAGGAUUUGAUUUGGGCGGACUAUGGACCGCACUAUGUGAAGGUGAGGAAAGUGUGCACGCUGGAGCUGUUCUCGCCGAAGCGGCUCGAGGCUCUGCGCCCAAUUAGGGAAGAUGAGGUCACGGCUAUGGUGGAGUCCGUUUACAAAUAUUGUACUUCUUCUGAAAACUCGGGGAAGAACAUGACAUUGCGAGGUUUCAUCGGAGCCGUGGCCUUCAACAACAUUACAAGGCUGGCAUUCGGGAAGAGGUUCGUAAAUUCCGACGACGUAAUCGACAAACAAGGCCUUGAGUUCAAGGCAAUCGUCAGCAAUGGGAUCAAAAUCGGGGCCUCGCUCGCCAUGUCCGAGCACAUCCCGUGGCUCCGCUGGAUGUUUCCCUUAGACGAGGAGGCCUUCGCGCAGCACGGAGCCCGUCGCGACCGUCUCACCCGCGAAAUCAUGGAAGAACACACCCGCGCUCGACAAAACACCGGAGGUGCCAAACAACACUUUUUCGACGCCUUAUUGACGCUCAAAGAUCAAUACAACCUCAGCGAAGACACCAUAAUCGGCCUUCUUUGGGACAUGAUCACGGCGGGAAUGGAUACGACGGCGAUAACGACGGAGUGGGCGAUGGCGGAGCUGAUCAAGAACCCGAGGGUCCAGCAAAAGGCGCAGGAGGAGCUCGACGCGGUGAUCGGGCACGACCGGACCAUGACGGAGCUCGACUUCUCGUCACUCCCGUAUCUCCAAUGCGUCGCCAAGGAAGCGUUCCGGUUACAUCCCCCAACGCCGCUCAUGCUUCCUCAUCGCGCCAACGCCAACGUGAAGGUCGGAGGAUACGAUAUCCCGAAGGGCUGCAACGUGCACGUCAACGUUUGGGCCGUCGCGCGCGACCCGGCCGUGUGGAAAAAUCCUCUCGAGUUUAGGCCCGAGAGGUUCCUCGAGGAGGACGUCGACAUGAAGGGGCACGAUUAUCGGCUUCUGCCGUUUGGCGCCGGGCGAAGAAUCUGCCCGGGAACGCAGCUCGGGAUCAAUUUGGUGACGUCGAUGAUCGGGCACUUGCUGCACCAUUUCAAGUGGUCGCCUCCGAACGGAGUCCGGCCGGAGGAGAUUGAUAUGAGGGAGAAUCCGGGGAUGGUUACGUACAUGACGACGCCGUUGGAAGCCGUCGUGGCGCCACGACUGCCGGAGAGUCUGUACAAACGGCUGGCCGCCGAUAUGUGAGUUUCUUUCUUCUUCUUCUUGGAUGGAUAUUAAUAAUUCUUUGCUUCUGGGGAUAGAGGAUUACGUUUGUACUGUGGUAUCUCUUAAUUAAAAACUCAGGUUUGUAAGUUUGACUUUUUUAUUUAAAUAAUAUUUGAUAAUAUUAUAUUUUGUUA